GGUUAUGCAUCUAGGGUGGAGUGUAGCAGUAAGUAGGAAGUAGUUUCCCAAAGUCUCUGCAAAGAGGCACCACUCUCCAACAAUGACAACAUUGCCAUUGCAACAUUGACAAUUCCGAAGUCUUGAACAAACAAAACGACCAAAUGCCACAACCCUAAGAUCCACCAACACAACCAAACAUGGCCUUCUCCUCCCGGCGCGGCACAAACACAUGGUCAUCAUCGUUAUCAUCAUCAUCAUCAUCGUCAUCAUCAUCACCAUCGAUUCUCCCCUCGUCCUCCUCCAACCCCAGAUCGAAGGCACAGCAACGGAAGGGGCGAAAGCGCGCGUGGCUGAGAGACUUCAUCUCCGGCAACUUCUUCAUCAUCGGCCUCUUCCUCUGCCUCUCCCUCUUCCUCCUCAUCCUCCUCCGCUUCGGCGUCCCCAAGCCCAUCACCACGCACUUCCGCACGCGCUACUCACGCGCCCGCAAGCCCCUCCUCCGCCGCCCCGACGCCGCCAACCGCACCCACCUCCUCGCCGCCGCCGUCGACGUCACCACCAAGGCCCUCUACGACAAGAUUGAGUUUUUGGACGUGGACGGCGGCGCGUGGAAGCAGGGCUGGAGUGUCACCUACAGGGGGAGCGAGUGGGACAACGAGAAGCUGAAGGUGUUUGUGGUGCCCCACUCCCACAAUGACCCUGGCUGGAAGCUCACCGUCGAGGAGUACUAUGAUAGGCAAUCCAGACAUAUACUUGAUACCAUUGUUCAAACACUUAGCAAGGAUUCUCGCCGGAAGUUCAUAUGGGAGGAGAUGUCAUACUUAGAGAGAUGGUGGAGGGACACAUCAGAUGAGAUGAAAGAAUCCUUCAGCAAUUUGGUAAAAAAUGGGCAGUUAGAAAUUGUUGGAGGUGGCUGGGUGAUGAAUGAUGAGGCCAAUUCCCAUUAUUAUGCCAUAAUUGAACAGAUAGCAGAAGGAAAUAUGUGGUUGAGUGACACCAUUGGAUUUGUUCCGAAAAAUUCUUGGGCAAUAGAUCCAUUUGGUUACUCAUCUACCAUGGCAUAUCUUUUGCGUCGUAUGGGUUUCGACAACAUGCUUAUCCAGAGGACCCAUUAUGAGCUGAAGAAGGAACUUGCAUGGCAUAAAAAUUUAGAAUACAUUUGGCGUCAAAGCUGGGAUGCAGAGGAAACCACUGAUAUAUUUGUCCAUAUGAUGCCCUUUUAUUCAUAUGAUAUACCUCAUACAUGUGGCCCAGAGCCUGCAAUUUGCUGUCAGUUUGACUUUGCACGCAUGCAUGGUUUUGUUUAUGAACAAUGCCCGUGGGGGCAAUAUCCUGUGGAGACCACUCAGGAGAAUGUUCAGGAAAGAGCACUUAAAUUACUGGAUCAAUACAGGAAAAAGUCAACUUUGUACAGAACCAAUACUCUUCUUGUUCCUCUUGGAGAUGAUUUUCGCUAUAUUAAUGUUGAAGAAGCAGAAGCCCAAUUUAGAAAUUACCAAAUGCUGUUUGAUUAUAUCAAUUCAAACCCCAGUUUGAAUGCAGAGGCCAAGUUUGGUACUUUGGAAGACUACUUUGUAACCCUGCGUGAGGAAGCAGAGAGAAUAAAUUACUCAUCUCCUGGUGAAAUAGGAUCUGGUCUAGUUGAAGGUUUUCCUUCUCUAUCUGGUGACUUUUUUACUUAUGCUGAUCGGCAACAAGACUACUGGAGUGGUUAUUAUGUUUCACGACCCUUCUUCAAGGCUGUUGAUAGGGUACUAGAACAAACACUUCGUGCCACCGAAAUGAUGGUAGCUCUAAUACUUGGCUGCUGUCGGAGAGCACAUUGUGAAAAGUUUGCAAUGGGGUUUUCCUAUAAGUUGACAGCUGCUAGAAGGAACUUAGCUCUCUUUCAGCAUCAUGAUGGGGUAACUGGUACUGCAAAAGAUCAUGUGGUCAUGGACUAUGGAAUGCGAAUGCAUACUUCGUUACUGGACUUGCAGAUUUUUAUGUCCAAGGCAGUUGAGGCACUUCUUGGAAUCCGCUAUGAUAAAUUAGACCACAGUCCUUCCCAGUUUGAGCCAGCAAUAGUAAGGUCUAAAUAUGAUGCUCAACCGUUGCAUAAAGUGAUUAAUAUUCAUGAGGGUUCUUACCAAUCAGUGAUCUUUUUUAAUCCUUUGGAGCAAACCAGAGAAGAAGUUGUGAUGGUUGUUGUUGACAGUCCUGAUGUUACUGUUGUUGACUCUAACUGGAGUUGUGUUCAGAGCCAAAUUUUGCCCGAGUUGCAGUAUCAUAAUAGCAAGAUCUUUACUGGGAAGCAUCGACUUUACUGGGAAGUUUCUGUUCCUGCAAUGGGAUUGGAAACAUAUUAUAUUUCCCAUGGUUUUGGCGAGUGUGAAAAGGCCAGGCCUGCAAAGCUGAAAAUUUUCUCUAAAUCUAGUUCGGUUGCCUGUCCUGCACCAUAUUCUUGUGUGAAAAUAGAGGCUGAUGUGGCUGAAAUUGAGAAUCAGCAUCAAAAACUAACCUUUGAUUUGAAGUAUGGUUUGUUGCAGAAGAUACACUUAAAAAAUAGUUCCCCAAAUAUUGUAAAUGAGGAAAUUGGUAUGUAUUCUAGUUCUGGUGGGGCAUACUUGUUUAAGCCCAAUGGUGAGGCCCAGCCCAUUAUUGAAGAAGGUGGGCAAUUGCUAGUUUCAGAGGGUCCUUUGAUGCAGGAGGUAUACUCUUAUCCAAGGACAGCCUGGGAGAAAGGCCCUGUUUCUCAUAGCACCCGUAUAUAUAGUGGAGAGAGUACAGUGCAAGGGUUUGUUGUUGAAAAGGAAUAUCAUGUUGAGCUUGUUGGCCAAGAUUUCAAUGAUAGGGAAUUGAUAGUUAGAUAUAAAACAGAUAUUGAUAACAAGAAGAUCUUUUAUUCAGAUUUAAAUGGAUUUCAAAUGAGCCGAAGAGAAACUUAUGAUAAGAUUCCUCUACAAGGCAAUUACUAUCCCAUGCCCUCUCUUGCAUUCAUACAAGGAUUAAAUGGUCGACGGUUUUCUGUCCAUUGCCGGCAAUCGUUAGGUGUUGCAAGCCUUAAAAAUGGAUGGCUAGAGAUAAUGCUUGACCGCCGGCUGGUAACAGAUGAUGGUCGUGGUCUAGGUCAAGGAGUGAUGGAUAACCGUGUAAUGAACGUUGUCUUUCACCUAACUUUGGAAGCCAAUAUUUCUGCUACAUCAAAUUUGGUUUCCACUCCUUUCCCUUACAGCCCUUCUCUUUUAUCCCACCGUGUUGGUUCUCACUUGAACUAUCCGUUACAUGCAUUCAUUUCCAAGAAAUUGCAGGAUAUGUCUGUGAAGCCACCGCCUAGAUCCUUUUCUCCUCUUGCCACUCCCUUGCCAUGCGAUUUGCACAUAGUGAACUUUAAGGUUCCCAGGCCUUUAAAAUUUUUGCAGCAACCACCUGAGGGUCCUAGAUUUGCUCUAAUUUUGCACAGGCGACAUUGGGAUUCUUCGUACUGCCGGAAGGGAAGAUCACACUGCACUAAUCUGGCAGAUGACACUGUGAAUCUGUUCAGCAUGUUCCGGGAACUUACAGUCUUGACGGCUAAAGCAACCUCCUUGAAUCUCAUGCAUGAAGACCCUGAAGUAAUGGGAUUCUCAGAGCAGUUUGGAGAUCUUGCACAAGAGGGGCAUGUAGCCAUAUCUCCUAUGGAAAUACAAGCUUACAAGUUGGAAAUGAGGCCCCAAUAGAGCACUCAUUACUAAGUUGCUUCUGCUUAUUUAAGCUGAACCACGGAAUUCUUGGACUGAUUUAAAGAUGAAUUGUUAUGAAAAUUUUAACUGCUCCAUUGAUGUUAGGGAUGGAUUAUUCUUGGACUGCUUUCUCGGCGGUGCAAUGUGAAGAAAGGUCCAAGCGAAGAGGAGUAACUUUAGUUGUGGAAAGCUUGACAGUGGACUUUUGUAGAUUGCUGUUAUGAAGACAUGUAUGAGACUAUAGCAUCUACGGCCCCUUGUCUGUUUUUGUGCUUUGCUGUAGCAUUUGUUUACUUUUUCACCGACUUAAAGAUGAGUUUUGCUUUGUCCACUUGCUAUUGUAUAACAUGUCUCUUAGAGACUAUAUUCAUGUACAGAUUUAUUACCUCUAUGCAGGGGAGAGUGUAUUCUUAUUUGAACGUGAGCUCAACACUUCGAAAAAACAAUACUUGUUAUUCUUCACAAUUUUCAAAAUAAAUUAGCCAAAAGCUGACAUUAAGGAACA